ACGUUGUUUUUAGACAGCACUGCAGUAUCGUUACUGGACGUGGAGGGUUUCAGCCACCCAAAUUUUUUCAAAUGGGCCCCAUCGCCUAGCGUUUCCUCUCCAAAGCCUCCGACUGAGUUGUAUAGGGUGCUAUAACAGCUUGAGCACGAACAGAAAGAAGGUUACCAUCUUGGGCAAAGUUUAGACGUCUGGAGCAUGGCUGCUAUUCCAUCUAGCGGGUCUCUAGUAGCUACCCAUGACUAUUACCGACGGCGCCUUGGCUCCACGUCAAGUAGUAGUUCAUGUGGCAGUUCGGAGUAUACUGGAGAAGUUAUUCCACAUCACCCAAGCCUGCCCAAGCAAGACUCUGGCCACUGGUGGUCGAGUUUUUUCUUUGGGAAGCACAACCAGCUGGGUAUGGGCACCCUGACUGAGGAGGCACAGCAGAAGUCAGGGCUGAGUGUGAUGGAUGGGCAGGCGACAUGCAUUGCCCGGGAUAUGGUGAUGAAGAGGCAGGUCAGUGAGAGCAGUGAUGCUUGGAAGUCGGAGGCAGGGAGCUCUCCCCCUGCCUGAGUCCAGCUGGGGGAUGGGACCAACGCUAGGGGAUGGAAAUGGCCCUUUUUUUUUUCUUUUUUUUUUUUUUUUUUUCUUUCCCCCCCCCCUUUUUGUUUUGUUUGUGGAAUAGGCUGCAUUUAGUACCUGUUUUUUAUAUCCAUCCUCAUAUAAGAAACUAAAAUUGAAUACAUUUUUUUUUGUACGUUUUUACAUACCUGUAGCACUGUGGUCGGUUUUAAAAAUGUUUGUUACUUAUUUCCAACCUGUCACCAUUUGUUCACAGUAACAAUAAAAGAUUGAAGCAGCCAUAA